CGACUAGUCGUCCAAAGGCAAAAGGUCACCGUACAUUAGCCGGCGUUACGAAAGCGCCGUAACGGAUCCAUUGCCGUGUCUGCAGCCUGGACGUCACUAUAAUAUUGCCAACGCUCUUGGGAAACGACGCCGUUUCUUUCCAUCAACAGGAAUCGUAGAAAUUCUCUUCGUUGUAUGUUUAUUAUGUAACAGUACUUUUUUCAGGAGCUGAGAUGCUUUCACCGGAAUGGCGAUUUGUGUAGCCGAGUGAUCUGGUAAUAUCUCCUUGUAAUAUUCCCAGUCGCAUUCGCAGGCAGAAUCUACCGGGAUUGAGCACUGGAACGUGCUUGCGUAAGCGGAAUUAUUCUGUUUGCGCUUAGGCGAAGGGGAAGAAACGUGAUCGUCGCGGAUCGCACUCGGAAUUUGGAUGCUACGGUUGGUGGAAAGAUUCUCUGCUGGCUGACUGUUGAAGUACUGGAAAAUCAAUGCCAGAACUAGUUCUGAUUAGGGAGGAUGAAAAGCUGAGAAGACCUGAUCAUGAGCAUGACCCAUUUUCUGAGGAUGAGAAGAGAAGGCGUAGGUUGAGAUCACUGAGAAGAAGGGGGAUGACUGGUCCAACAAGCACUACACAUAAUGUGAGGAAUCGCAGUAGGCCGAUGUCGAAUUGCAAGUUCGCUUCUAUUUCUAUGGAAAUACCAAACAAAAAGGAAGAGAAGGCAGUGGAGGCAUUUCGACAGGUUUUGAUUGAUAGAGACAUGCUUCCAGCAAGGCACGAUGAUUACCACACUCUGUUAAGAUUCCUGAAAGCUAGGAAAUUUGACCUAGAUAAAACAGUUCAUAUGUGGGCAGAAAUGUUGAACUGGCGGAAAAUGAAUGGAGUAGACUCUAUCAUUCAGGAUUUUCAUUACAGAGAAUUUGAAGAGGUUCAGCGCUUUUAUCCCCAUGGUUACCAUGGUGUAGAUAAAGAAGGGCGACCUGUCUACAUUGAGAGAUUAGGAAAAAUUGAACCAAGCAAUCUUAUGAAUGUUACCACUGUGGAUAGGUUCCUAAAAUAUCAUAUUCAAGGUUUUGAAAAGUUGUUUGCAGAAAAGUUUCCAGCUUGUUCAAUUGCAGCCAAGCGGCACAUUGAUUCAACUACAACAAUUCUGGAUGUACAUGGCCUGAACUGGAUGAGUUUUGGAAAAGUUGCUCAUGAUCUAGUUAUGCGCAUGCAGAGAAUAGAUGGAAACAACUACCCUGAGACAUUGCAUCAUAUGUUUAUUGUCAAUGCUGGCGGUGGUUUCAAGUGUCUCUGGAAUUCAGCAAAAGGCUUUCUUGACCCAAGGACAACAUCGAAAAUACAUGUAUUAGGUACUAAAUUUCAGAAUAAGCUGUUGGAAAUCAUAGACGCUAGUCAACUGCCAGAUUUUCUUGGUGGAUCAUGUUUUUGUAAAAAUCAAGGCGGGUGUCUUAGAUCUAACAAAGGACCCUGGCAUGAUUCGCAAAUAAUGAAGCUGGUACAUGGUUUACAUAAUAGUGAAUCAAUCUUCCAAAGAAAUAUUGGAAGCUUUUCAGGGAGUGGUGAUUUUCUAUUUAAGUGCAGCGACUCUAGUGAUGGUGGUUUCGAAAUCAAACAAAUUGAGUUACAGGACCCAAGGGGUAAAAGUGUCCCACUUUCUUGGGUGAGACACUCCUCUGACAGAACCUUGGAAGCAGCAGCACAUUGCAGUGAUGAUACAGUAUCAACAGUACAACCAGGGCAUGGGGUUGAAGUUGAAAAUCAUUUUCCAUCAAAUCUUGCAGCAAACUUGACUAGGGUACCUGAACGUAGGCUACCAAGGGGAUCUGUCACAACUGCUGGCACAGAUGUCAUAUUCAGACUAGUCGCAUGCUUAUGCUCUUUGCUCGGUUGGCUUCUUAAAUUAUUUUUCAAGACAGCAAACGUCAAUGGAGUAGAAGACAUUCAUCAAGGACCUCCAUUCUCCAGUUCAAGUCCUCAGCUAGAUACUACACAGCAAAGUAGCAACGAGCUUCUCAAUCCAUGUUGCCAUAAGUUGCAGCAUUUGGAAGAUAUGGUAACCGAAGUUCUUAAAAAACCUGCAAAAAUGCCACCAGACAAAGAUGACAUACUGCGCGAGUACAUGAGCCGAAUAAAAUCUAUUGAGUACGACUUGCAAAAGACCAAAAAGGCUCUACGCGAAGCAACAUCCAAACAAGUAGAGCUUUCCGAAUCCUUGGAGAAUUUGAAAGAGAUCAAUUCAAGGGGCAGUAAAAGAAGUUGGCUUCGAAUUAGUACCUCUUCACGGCACACCUAAUGUUCGUUAAUUCCGAAGACAGCCCGGCCGCCUUGAAUUGGUAUCCUCAUUUCCCAGCUACAUUGGUGUUUUCAUUACAAGAAUCUUCAACUAUUCCUAUAUGAGAUUGUUGAUCUGUGAUCUGAAGAUUUUCAUUAUGAAGCAUGUAGGGAUGCCAUGCAAUUUUCCCAUGUAUUUAAUAUUUUAUGGUUCCUGAGUUUCAAGUGAAGCAUGUCCAGUUUGUACAGUUCGCUUUGUUAUAUGUUCUAUUUGACAAUUGACAUGACUAUGAUCAGUUGCUAUCUUGGACUAAUAAGUUAGUUUUUUUUUUUUAAAUUAUGU